AUUCACGAACAUUAUUUCUUGCGCGAAAAAUUAUUCCAGCAUCGCCGCGAAGCGCUGACACAAAAGAUAGUUUACCAAAUCAUGUGAUUCAGUUUUCCGAAGGUAACUGAAAAUGCCAUAAACAGUAGGAACCCCACAUGUUUGAGAUCAGAUAUAUGACAUUCUGUGUCCCCAUCAAACAAACACACACCGCUUACCAUCACCAAAAUGUACCACUUCUUGCCACUCAUGAUCAUGUACCAGUAAUUAGCAGCAACAGCUCUCUAUUCCCCCUCAAACUACAAAACAUGAACUUAGUUCACUCUCCUUCACACUCACUACAACUCCCCAAAUUCAUUUCCCAUUUCCAAAAUACCCCAAAAUUCUAUCCUCCAAAAAGAGUUACCACUUCCAAUUUAGAAACAAUUGGCAGUAACAUUUUUAGUAAUUCAACAGCAUUGAUUCCCAUUAAAGCAGCAAGUGAAGGAGUGGAUACAGCUGUAGUAGUGGUGGAGGAGGAGGAGCCUAAAUUGAAAAAAAUUCAGGUGUUUGAAGGCCAUCCUGCACCAUUUGGUGCAACAGUUCGUGAUGGUGGUGUCAAUUUUGCUAUAUUUUCUGCCGACGCAGUUUCUGCUACUCUUUGCUUGAUUUCACUCUCUGAUUUGCCUGAGAAUAGAGUGACUGAGCAGAUUUUUCUUGAUCCUUUGACCAACAAGACUGGAGAUGUUUGGCAUGUGCUUUUGAAAGGAGAUUUUAAAGAUAUGCUAUAUGGGUACAAGUUUGAUGGGAACUUUUCUCCUGAAGUAGGACUUUACUAUGAUCCUUCUAAGAUCGUAUUGGAUCCUUAUGCAAAAUCAGUUAUUAGCAGAGGGGAGUUUGGUGUUUUGGGGCAUGAUGAUAAUCGAUGGCCUCAAAUGGCCUGCAUGAUACCCACUGCAGAAAACAAGUUUGAUUGGGAGGGAGAUUCACCAUUAAAGCAUCCACAAAGAGAUCUAAUAAUAUAUGAAAUGCAUGUUCGAGGGUUUACACAGCAUGAAUCAAGCAGGACUGAAUUCCCUGGUACAUACCUUGGUGUAGUGGAGAAGCUUGAUCAUUUGAAGGAACUUGGUGUCAACUGCAUAGAGUUAAUGCCAUGCCAUGAAUUCAAUGAGCUUGAGUACUACAGUUACAAUUCUGUCUUGGGUGACUACAAGGUUAAUUUUUGGGGAUAUUCUACCGUCAAUUACUUUUCGCCUAUGACAAGAUACUCAUCUGCUGGCACAAGGAACUGUGGCCGAGAUGCAAUUAAUGAAUUCAAGCUUCUUGUUAGAGAAGCACAUAAACGAGGAAUUGAGGUGUUCAUGGACGUUGUUUUCAAUCACACAGCGGAAGGAAAUGAGAAAGGUCCCAUUCUGUCUUUCAGAGGAGUUGAUAACAGUAUCUAUUACAUGCUUGCUCCUAAGGGAGAGUUCUAUAAUUAUUCAGGUUGUGGCAACACAUUCAAUUGCAACCAUCCUAUCGUGCGUCAAUUUAUAUUGGACUGCUUAAGAUAUUGGGUGACAGAGAUGCACGUAGAUGGCUUCCGCUUUGACCUUGCUUCUAUUAUGACUAGAAGUAGUAGUCUCUGGGAUGCAGUUAAUGUAUUCGGGAGUCCCAUAGAAGGUGACUUGCUGACAACUGGCACUCCUCUCAGCAGCCCUCCAUUGAUUGACAUGAUGAGUAAUGAUCCCAUACUCCGUGAUGUUAAGCUUAUAGCUGAAGCAUGGGAUGCGGGAGGAUUGUAUCAAGUUGGGAUGUUUCCCCAUUGGCGUAUUUGGUCAGAAUGGAAUGGGAAGUAUCGAGACAUUGUGCGGCAGUUCGUUAAGGGGACAGAUGGUUUUUCUGGGGCUUUUGCUGAAUGCCUCUGUGGGAGCCCGAAUUUAUACCAGGAAGGAGGAAGGAAACCAUGGAACAGCAUCAACUUUGUAUGUGCACAUGAUGGUUUUACUUUGGCUGAUUUAGUGACAUAUAACAAGAAGCAUAACUUGGCAAAUGGCGAAGACAACAAUGAUGGAGAAAAUCAUAACAAUAGCUGGAAUUGUGGACAGGAGGGUGAAUUUGCCAGCAUUUCAGUGAAGAAAUUGCGAAAACGACAAAUGAGAAAUUUCUUCCUGUGUCUCAUGGUUUCACAAGGUGUUCCAAUGAUAUACAUGGGUGAUGAAUAUGGUCACACAAAAGGGGGAAACAACAAUACAUAUUGCCAUGAUAACCAUAUUAACUACUUCCGCUGGGAUAAGAAGGAAGAAUCCUCAUCAGACUUCUUUAGAUUUUGCCGCCUCAUGACCAAGUUCCGCCAUGAAUGUGAGUCCCUUGGCUUGAAUGACUUCCCAAAAGCAGAGAGGCUGCAAUGGCAUGGUCAUGAUCCUGGAACACCAGAUUGGUCAGAAACAAGCCGUUUUGUGGCCUUUACACUGAUUGACUCGGUGAAGGGCGAGAUCUACAUCGCCUUCAAUGCUAGCCAUUUGGCAGUUACCAUUACACUGCCAGAACGGCCAGGAUACAGAUGGGAGCCCCUGGUAGACUCUGGCAAGCCUGCACCGUUUGAUUUCCUUUCUAGUGACAUCCCAGAAAGAGACCUCGCAAUUAAACAGUAUUCUCACUUCCUUGAGGCCAAUCUAUACCCUAUGCUUAGUUAUACUUCCAUCAUCCUCGUACUCUCUCCCAACGACAAUGCUUAACUGUCUAAACCUGGAACCAACAAUGUGUGCAAGUCAUAUUGUAUGGAAGGGGGAAAAGAACCCUUGAAAGUUGAAGAAAAGAAGUUUACAAGGAUUUCAGAUAUAGUUGGGGCAAUAAAUGUUUCCCCUAGAAGCUGGAAGCAUAAUGUAUAGAUAUGGUUUAGAAGUGGGAGUAUGAAAGUUGUGUAUAAUUUUCAUCGCAAUAAGCAUGUGAUUUCUUCACAGCAGAUCAUGUUGACGAGAAUCAUUCUGGAGGUUGCCACCAACCUGUAUGUGUUUAAUCAUUUAUGCUUGAAGUAGUUUGUUUA